AUGAAGCAUUCUCUGACUGUGCUUUUGGUUGGUGUGGCCGUCGUGCUUCUAUCGAGAUCAGACGCUGGCAAAGGACCCAAUCUUUUGCAGCGUCAGCCAACUGACGCUUUCAAGGUUUUCGCAGCGUUUCCUUACGCUGUCGGAAUUUCGGACGUGGACAAUGACACCAUCUUUGAAUGCCUGACAGCUAAACGCAAGGACUUCAACCCCGAGGCGAAGACAGUAACCUACGUGUGGUCAUUAAAUGACAGUCCUGGCAAGAGGAAGCGUGUUGGUUUCCACCACACCGCUGGGGCAACGCCGGAUGCCACAAACUUUACAGUUGGCAAAGAUUCCAAUAAUGUGCAAGUGGCGUAUAUAACUUGGAGCGACUACAAAGACUGCGCCAUUACGGAAGUUCCAUAUUACACAGAGCAAUGCACCCUAUGGGUGUCGAAAGAAGUGGAGAACCUUGUACCUCUGUACUGUCUGGAGCAGUUCCACGACAUAUGUGGUGUCAUGGUACCCCUUCACGACAGCGACCUCUGCCAGGAUGACGAGAAUGACGAGGAGGACGACGACGAAUAAGCGCUGAAAGCACACAUUUGAAAAGCCGCUGUUUAUAUCCACACGGCGGUCACGGUUGCGCACUGAACGCGGCCGAGUUCUUUACCUAAUAAAGCUUUACUUGGAAAUAUUGAUGAUAUGUUAUUACGCCCAAAUCAACUUCCCAUAAAGGUGCGUCCGCGCUAGCGGAGAACAUGCAGUAACGGCCAUCGGGCCUCCAGUGGUGUAGACCGUCUGC